UUCCGCGGUUUGUAGUUCACAGAUUAGUAAACCAGCUAGCGUCAAGAAAGCUGUGAAGAAAGAGUCCAAGUUGAGCGGAGGCGAGAUGACCUCUUCCACCCUCGGCCAGCCGUCUCCCCUCGUCCUCAACCUGGAGCCCGGGAUGGGGAAGUCCGCGGCCAUGCUCGGGUUGUCCGCUGGACUCGGAGGAGCCGAGAUGGAGCUGCAGAAGAUGCUCAUCGAUGAGAGGAUGAAGUGUGAAAACCACAGGACCAACUACCAGGCGCUGAAGGCUGAACACACCAGCCUGCAGGAUGAGUUCACACGGGCGCAGGGUGAACUGAAGCGCCUGCUGAGCGACAGACAGUCUCAGCAGGAGAAACUGCAGCUGCUGCUGGCGGAGCUGCGAGGAGAGCUGCUGGACAAGACCAGGGAGCUGGAGGAGCUUCGGCUGCAGGUGAUGACCCCUCAGCGGCUGGAGUUACUCAGAGCUCAGGUGCAGCAGGAGAUGGAGACUCCAGUCAGAGAGAGGUUCAAUAAGUUGGAAGAGGAGACGGAGAGGUACAGGUCUGAGUACAACAAGCUGCGGUAUGAGUGCACCUUCCUCAAGUCCCAGUUUGACCACCACAGAGAAGAACAUGGCCGCAUGCUGGAAGACCAGAGGAUCCGCUAUGAGGCAGAGAUCUCUCGCCUGGAGAAGGACAGGGACGACCUGGUGGCUCAGUAUCACGGUUCAGACGCGCUGCGAGAUGGGAAACGUGUGGAGGCUCUGCUGAGAGAGAAAGCCCAGCUCCACCUGCGGCUGAAAGGCCUGGAGGCGGAGGUGGCCGAGCUCCGAGCCCAGAAAGAAAACUCGGGUCAGCAGGCCGAGAACGUCCAGCGCAUCCAGAUCAGACAGCUGACAGAGACUCAGGCUGCUGCCAAGUCACUGGAGGCGGAGCGUCAGUCGCUGCGUCUGCAGCUGGAGCGGAUGGAGAGCGAGCUUCACGUGAGCCACGAGCAGAACGGCCAGCUGACAGGGAGGCUGCACAAAGCCGAGAGAGAGGUCAACUCCCUCACCUGUCAGAUUGAAAGCCUGAGGCAUUCACAUAAACUGGAGGUGGCCAGUGUCAAACUGGAGUGUGCUCGAUCUAAAGGAGAGGUGGAGAGGGAGAGAGACACGCUGCAGGGCCAGAUUGAUGGUCUGCAGGCAGAUGUGGAGGUGCUAAAAGCUGCCGUGGAACGACACAAGGAAGUCCUGGUGGAAAAAGAGCGGGAGAUGGUCAGAAAGGUGCAGUCUGCUCGGGAGGAGGAGUUCCGCAAAACUGCCACUUUGCACGAGGAAAAGUUGGAGUUGGAGAACCGUCUUGCAGCGCUUGAACAGCAGAGGGCGCUUCAGGACGCUUCAGAUCACGCCCUGAAGGAGGAAUGGGAGGAACGUCUCCGCAAUGCCCAGCAAGGAGAGGAGUCCGUCAGGAGGGAACUUCAGAACCUGAGGACAAAACUGCAGCAGCAGAGCUUGCUGCUUGAGGAGCUUGAGAGACGGAAGGCAGACAUCGCUGACCUGCAGCGGCAGAACCAUGAACUUGGUGUGCAGCUGGGCACGCUCUCGCACUCUGAAAGCGACCUGAUGGAGACAAACCAGCGGCUGAGAGAAACGCUGGACAGAGUCAGGGAGGAGCUGAGGACGGCCCGGGCCCAGGCAGAGAAGAGCCAGCACGAGUCAGAGAGGUUAGUGGAGGACUGUCGGGUCGAGUGGUUGGAAGAGAAACACAAGCUGCAGGAUCGAGAGGCAGAGCUGCAGCAAAAAUAUUCUCAAGUCAAAGAGAAACUACAGAGGGCGGCAGUGGCCCAGAAGAAGAGAAAAGGGCUGACAGAGAGCAAAGAGAAGAAACUGCAGGAUAAGAUCCAGUUGCUGGAGGCCAAGAUUGAAGAGCUGGAACUGGAGGCUGCUGCAGCCAAAAAACGGUCAUCGUUUUCAGAGGAGCAGGCUCAACUCAACAGAAGGUUAAAGGAACUGCAGAGACGACACAACGAGUUUCGGCGGCUCCUGCUCGGUGGCCAGGCUCCUUUCAGUUCAGGCACUGCAGCGCUGACUUCCACGCCCACACCCUUCCUCCUCCUCGGCUCUGAGGGACCUAUAACUUACAACCCCGAGGAGCAGCUUCAGGGCGAGUUCUCUCUGCUCCGCCGGAGGCUGGAGAACCUGGAAAGUGCUCAGCAGCAGCAGCUGGAGGAGCUGGGGUCUCUGGUGCAGAUGGAUCGGGACCCCGCGCUCCAGCCCGACCUCUGACCUCCACUGGACUUGAAAUGCAAAGUGAUGCUUCCAUAAAAAUGGAUGGAUGAUUUUUUUUUUUUUUUGACGUGACGUCCUCAGGGUUUGAUUUUGUAACGAGACAUUUGUUUACAUUUGCUCUUCAGCCAUUGUGGAGAAAAAUGAUUUUUAAAAAAAAGACACUUCAGACUGUAAAUUGCACAAUCGUUUAUACUUGCUGAGUUUGAUGUGAACAGUUUUGAAAUAUAAUGCUUCACAUCUCCUGACA